CGCAGGAGAUCGAACGCCAGCCAAGACUAUUUGCGCCGAAGUGCGAUCUCUAUCAGACGCCACAACCCACAUCUUCCGGAUCUGAAUACAGCUGGCACUUAGACCCUAGACAGCAAGGACGGUUUGAGAAAGCGUUUGAACGCUGCGCGAAAUGGGGAUGCCGUUCAAGAUGGGGGGGCACCAGGCCGACGAGAACCUCCCGGAGGUGGUUCAGCAGCCGCCAAUGGCGAGUUCAACGCCGCUGCCAGAAGUGGUGCCUGAUUCAUCACCAGAAUCCGCCCAGCAACAGUAUAUGGAGAGAGACAAGAUUCUGGUGCAUUACGAUAUGGCGCCAAAAUUUCCACACGAACCGCAGACGCCAGGGAUGCGCUCGCUCAGCUACCAAAACCAACAACCAUGGACCGACGCCGAGCACUCGGUCAGCAUGAUGAGUCCCGACAGCUCGGUGCCGUGGCAAUCGUUCCCUCCUUGCGACGACCAGCAGACACAUGUCGGCAGCGAGCCGGCGGAGCCGGAGAAGCUAAUCUGCGGUCUCCGCAAGCGCCUCUUCAUCAUUAUUGCCGUGAUUAUCGGGCUCGUGGUCGUGGGAGCGGCGGUUGGUGGCGGCGUGGGCGGGGCGAUGGCCGCGAGGCAGGGGUCGUCAGACGGCGCCGAACCAGCCGAAACGAGCUCGGCGUCAUCGAGCAGCGCAACCGGCACCACCAUCAUCACCACCACUCCCACACCAUCCUCGACAACCUCCAGCGGCCCCAGCCUGCCCACGCCGUCCAUCUCAUUCCUCCACAACCAAACAGAUAAGACCUACGAGGGGUACGCGUUCCAAGCCUAUGAGAAGAAUGAUUUUGAGGGCAAAGCGUCCCUCAUCCUCUGGGAAGAGGGCUUUUUCGAUUUGGGGUUCGGCUCCACAAGCUGGAUUUGGAUCCCCAACGGCCUGGAUGCCUGCGUCACCUUUUGCGCCAGCAAAACGGAGUCGACUGGGUACGCCUGCAUGCCCGUGAGGAGGAACGCUACCAAAAACAAUAGAUCGUUCAAGCGGGUUCACAUCUGGCGGGGGGCUUGGCGCAAGGACGGGACGGUUGAGGAGAUGUCAGAGACGUGUUCAUAGGUGGGGAGCGAAGUGGGUUUAUGACAAGCGGGCGUACAUGGUCUUGGGUAGGGCUUCUGGAUUGCUUUGUUUCUGGAGGUGCGUUGCGGAUGGUACCUUCAAGUUGGUGUUAGAGCGGGUAGGCGGUUACUCGGGCAUGGCCGGCUUUUGUUCAUUGGCGAGGUGCCGAGGAACCCGGUAAGAGGGAUCCUGCACGUAGUUUGCUCGUUGCGACAUGCAAAUCCCACGUAGCAACCUUUGGUCUGACCCAAGAACCUUUAACCUGCCACAGUCACACAGCGUCUGAGAAGCAUGGGAGGUUAGGGGGACGAAGGAGAAUGGGCGAUACCUUGCCUCCGUCGCCGGCGCCGUUUGUAGUCGUUACGGAGGUGGCCCCGGUCCGGGAGCGCGAAGAACGGGUUCCCGUCCGGCAAAACAUCGGGCGAGCGUGAGGUUGGC